AUGAGCGGCGCACCAAGUGAGGAACCUCGCAAAGGCGCCGUGGGCUGUGUUGGGCCCAGUCGGGCCCCCAAAGUGCAACAACAUCGCAGCCAAGAGACCCGCGCGAAUGCAGUCUUCCCAAAUCCCACACCGGGCAGCGCUCAACGCUGUGAAUCCGGCUGCCAAUGCCGGCCAGGGAGUGACAUCCACGACCCCUGCUGGCUUCCCUACACUCUCGAUCUGCGGCCACUGCUGGACCAGGCCUGCAGAAACCAGGGCAAGGGAAGUCACAGACAGGACCAGUGCUUCUACAAGGGAACCGGUCAGUUCGCUGGUAUGACUGCCGCGACUGGGAACAGCCGGAAACGUGCAUGA